CAGCACUGAAUACAAUUAUUCACUGAACAGCGUCGAUGAUAACAGAGGAACCUUUAGCAGUUUCGCUGGCCGUCUCCCCCGUCAUCUGCGCACUGUAUCGUUAUUCGUUAGUCGUAAUAUACCGGUCCAUUAUAUCUAUACCUAAUCAUAGUCUGUGGUUGAACGUUGAUUUCGUUUUUUGAUUCAUUCUUAAAAAUAAUAAUUCAAUUUGAAUUUAUAAGACGUGCUGCAGAAAACAAUGUAAGAGAAGACGUUUUGAAUCGUUCGCUAAAAACAUUGCUAACUUGCACGAUCGGUUCUCGAAGAGCGCUUAAACGAAAAUAAUAUUCGACUGACAAACACGAGAACAACGUAACUACUACAAUCCUAUUCGAACGCGAAUUUCGUCACUAAUUUAAGGGCGACAGUAUGGAGGAGUUUAAGAAAAGAGUGAAAAACGAAAGCGACAUGGAGGCGUGGGAAUCAUCAGAAGCAUACGACGAUUAUAUUGGAUUCAUAAUAGCUAUGAACAAAGCCGUGUAUGCCAUACCAAUGAACAAAACUUUGACGCUGUCAAAUGAAAUAUCACAGUUAUUAAAUGUAUUAAACACAAUUGACGAUUGGAUUACAGAAGUGGAACCUUUGAAAGAGAGUUGUAGGUUUGGAAAUAAAGCUUUUUCUACAUUUUACAAUUUAUUAAAAAUGAAAUUACCUGAAAUUUUGUCAAAGGAAUUGUCGUCAGUCAACCAACAAAAUAUUAUUGAGCUAACCGCUUAUGUUGUUGAUAGCUUUGGUAAUCCAACUCGUAUCGAUUAUGGCACUGGACACGAAAUGUCAUUUUGUAUGUUCUUGUGUGGCUUAUACAAAGUAGACAUAUUAAAACAAAGUGACAGUAAAGCUACAGUCAACGUGCUAUUUUCGAGGUAUUUAGAAAUAGUUCGUAGACUUCAACUCAGGUAUCAAAUGGAACCAGCUGGAAGUCACGGCGCUUGGAGUUUAGAUGACUACCAGUUUGUACCUUUUAUUUGGGGUAGUGCACAACUAAUCGAAAACCCAGAUUUUAAUCCAAAUAUGUUUGUCGAUGAAAAAUGUGUACAACAGUUUAAAUCGAAGUAUAUGUUCCUUGGAUGUAUUGAUUUCAUAAUGCAAGUAAAAAAAGGAUUGUUUCAUGAACAUUCUAACCAACUUUGGAAUAUAAGUGGUGUUCAAAGUUGGAAUAAAAUCAAUGAAGGUCUAAUUAAAAUGUAUAAAAAAGAGGUACUGGGAAAAUUCCCAAUUAUUCAACACGUACCUUUUGGAAAUUUAUUUAAUUUUAAACAAUGCAUUAAACAAAAAACUUUUGCUACACCAUCAGUGAAUAAAACUCCUGCACUGUCAUUAUUGGAAAAACUAAAGAAAUCCGACCAAUCAGUACCAAAUAUAGUAAAUAAGUAAUUUAUUUUCACGUUUGUAAAACUUAUACAAAUGUGUUUAUAUUUAAUGUGAAUUAAUGAUAUCAGCUACAUAUUAAGUUUUCUACAUUAUAUUAAAAUUAUUUAAUUUUAUCUGUGCAAUAAUUCCAUUAAAUUUACAAACAUGAUAUGAAAACAAUGUUAGUCUACCACCAGUGGCCGUUGAUUUCAUGAUUAUGAACCUUAAAUUAUAUCAAUUAAUCUUGAUUUAAAUUUGUUUGAUCCUAGAUUGUCAAAAUAAGUUUCAUUUGAAUAAUAAAAUUAAAAUACGUAAUAAUUGGUUUCAGUAA